AUGGGAGACAAAAAAGUUAUAUACUCCACAUCAGCCCCUGGAAUUUCUAAGUUGAAAGGGUCAGCCAACUAUGCCAGUUGGAAAUUUGACAUGAAGAUGGCUCUAAAGUAUGAGGGAUUGUGGAAUUGCAUUGAACCACGAAAUAAUAACACAGAGACGACACCACUAACUGUUGAUCCAGACAAAGAUGAGAGGGCACAUACCAAGAUUGCCAUGCACCUGGAGGCAGCUCCAAAACUACAUAUCAGGACGGCCAUAUCAGCGAAGGAAGCAUGGGACAUUUUAGCAAAGCAGUAUGAAGUCAAGAGCACAAACAGGAGAAUAUUUCUGCUGGACCAGCUUUUAGAUUUGAAGUUGGAAGUAUGCAACAGCAUGAGUGAGUAUAUUUCUAAAUUUCUUGAUCUCAAUGCUCAACUUGCUGACAUAGAGAAACCCGUAGACGAUGAAAUGAAGGCGUGUCUACUUCUAAGAGGUUUGCCUGAGUCUUACAGGGCAUUUAGGAUGGCAGUCGAGAGUACAGAUAAAGUAGAAUAUGAAGGUUGGGUCACUUGA